AUGGCUCGCUUCCUGGUAUCUCUCACCUCUAGCCUCGCCCUCGCCGGCGCCGCUUCUGCUGCAAUUGGGCCUCGAGACUGCUCUUAUUCCGUCACCGCGAACAACGGCGACACCUGCCAGUCUAUCUCUGAUGAUUGGGGUAUCACAACGACUCAGUUUGAAGAGUACAACUCUCAAGUCGGCGCCAACUGCAGUAACGGUGUCACCGUGGGCCAGUCAUAUUGCGUUCAGUGGUCAGGUCCCCUUCCCACAAAGACCACUGUCCCCGCUGCCACUACCGCUACCACUACCACUGCCACUGCCACAGGUAACGGCGCUCCAUCGCCUACACAGAGCGGUAUUGCUGCCAACUGCACAAAGUACUACCAGGCCGUAUCAGGGGACUCUUGCUCUUCCAUCGCCAGUGCCUUUGGAACCUUUUCAGUCUCCGACUUUGAAUCGUGGAAUCCAGCCGUUGGCUCUAGCUGUUCAGGUCUAUGGGCCGGCUACUACUAUUGCGUCGCCAUCCCUGGAACACCAACCUCCAGACCGACUACUACCACGGCUCCCUCUGGACCUUCUCCCACACAGAGUGGCAUUGUCUCUGACUGUACGAAAUUCUACAAAGCUCAGUCUGGUGAUAGCUGCUACUCUAUCGCCACUAGUUUUGGUACCUUUUCCGUCUCCGACUUUGAGUCGUGGAACCCUGCAGUCGGGUCGAGUUGCUCUGGCUUGUUCGCGGGCUAUUAUUACUGUGUUGCUGUUCCCGGCACUCCUACCCAACCUACUUCUACUGCCCCGUCUGGCCCUCAACCCGAGCAGACUGGUAUUACUAGCAACUGCAAUAAGUACUAUAAGGUGCAGUCUGGUGAUUAUUGUGAGAAGAUUUGCCAGCAGUAUGGCAUUUCAGUCUCUCAGUUCUAUAGCUGGAACCCGGCGGUUGGGGACACCUGUCAGUCUCUCUGGGUUGGGUACUAUGUCUGCGUUGGUGUCUAA